UCCCCUAAUGAAGUUUGGAUCUGAAAAUCAUUGUCAGGGAAGUUUGCAAACCAGUCUGUUCCUGCAGGUACCCUGGCUGAAGGCAACUGCAAAACAGCAAAAAAUCUUUUGCACAGAGUCACUGAGCUUCUUUCUGCCUAGCAUGACUGUUACAUAUACAGCUCGGGUGGCCAAUGCCCGCUUUGGUGGCUUCUACAAACUGCUGAGCCUCUGGCGUGGGAGCAUCUAUAAACUGCUGUACAAGGAGUUCCUGGUCUUCUCGGUUUCCUAUUUGGGAUUAAGCCUUACAUAUCGGUAUGUCUUAAAAGAAGAUCAGAAACGGGUCUUCGAAAAGGUGGUCAUUUAUUGCAACCAGUAUGCCAAUCUCAUUCCUGUCUCCUUUGUUUUGGGCUUCUAUGUAACACUGGUAGUAAACCGCUGGUGGAGCCAGUAUACCAGCAUGCCAAUGCCAGAUCGCUUGAUGUGUACCAUUUCUGGAAAUGUGCAUGGUGCCGAUGAGAGGGGACGGCUUUAUCGACGGACACUCAUGCGCUAUUGCAGUCUGUCAGCAGUCUUGAUCUUGCGCUCAGUCAGCAUUGCUGUGUUCAAGCGCUUUCCCACCAUGGACCAUGUGGUAGAAGCAGGGUUCAUGACUCGUGAGGAACGCAAGAAAUUUGAAAAUCUUAACUCUUCCUACAAUCGAUACUGGGUCCCCUGCAUAUGGUUUACCAACUUAGCUGCACAGGCACGUAAAGAAGGCCGCAUACGUGACAACUGUGCUCUCAAGUUGCUCAUGGAGGAACUGAAUCACUUUCGUGGCAACUGCAGCAUGCUUUACCACUAUGACUGGAUCAGUGUACCAUUAGUAUACACUCAGGUGGUUACCAUUGCUGUAUAUAGCUUCUUCUUUUCUUGUCUAAUUGGAAGGCAGUUCCUCGAUCCAGCCCAAGGUUAUGAAGGACAUGACCUAGACCUGUGGAUUCCUGUUUUCACUCUGCUUCAGUUUUUCUUCUACUUUGGAUGGCUCAAGGUGGCUGAGCAACUCAUCAACCCUUUUGGAGAGGAUGACGAUGACUUUGAAACCAAUUUACUGAUCGACAGGAACUUCCAGGUCUCCAUGAUGGCUGUGGAUGAGAUGUAUGCGGAUUUGCCUCUCCUGGAGAAGGAUAAGUAUUGGGAUGCCUCAAACCCACGUGCCCCCUAUACGGCAGCUACAGUUUUUCUGCUGCAACAGCCGUCAUUCCAAGGCUCCACUUUUGAUGUGACAUUGGCCAAGGAGGAUAUGCAAUUCCAGCCUUUGGAGGAGAUUGCCGAGAGCUUUGAAGAGAGCCGCCAUGUGCCUGCCCACCUCUUGAACCGACUGUUCUCUACUGCUCCUACCUCAGGAGGUUUUGGACGCCGUCUCUCUCUGCUGAAGCGCAAGAGCAGCUGUGUUUCAGAACCAUCAACCACCUACAGCUGCCUUUGUCAGGACAUGCAGGCCCUUGACUGCACGUGUACCCGACCUGCCAGUCAGCAGAUGCGCAGUAACAGCAUUCCCUUCAUCCCUGAAGGGGCGGGAGACUCUGACCACGAUACCGGCAGCCCAGGAAAGGAAGCAUACAAUGUUCUUCCUGAGUCGCACAUUGUUGAGCUGGGUGAACCUUCUCAGAGUGCAUCGGGCCAGGAGAAUGUUACUGCUGCACCUCAUGAUCCAGAGCCCCUUGUGGAUACAUCAGUUAAUACAAAUGUCUUGUCCUGGCCUCUCCUAGAACAUGACUCUUCAGACACUUCUUUCUUUCACAACCCAAAGGAGGUGCCCAGCAAAGGGGUCGGCUAUCCCCCAUGGCUGCAGAGCCCCAUUGAAGAGGAAAAUAUGGCAUGACCCAGUUAUUGAGUAUCCACAGAUAGAUGGAGUUACUGCCGGGGACAUCUUGUUAUGGUGAUCUUAUUGGAAGAAGACUCUGAAAGGAAGGACCAGCAGAAGUGAAUCUACUUUUGUAAAAACCACCUUUGUGGCAGGGGCUUGGGGGAAUUUUAAGACAGGGGUUGUUGAGACACUCUGAAUUUCAUUAGCAAAUACUCUGUUCCCACCAAAGAAAAUGCUAGUUUUAAACCUUGCUUUUAACUUUAUAGACUACGUACGAACAUAGAGUAGAUACGAAUAUCAUACUGCUUUGCAGUGUUGGUGAAAUCUUUCUCAUUCUUUUUUUCUCAAGAUAAAACUGAGAAGGAAAAAGCCAAGAGGUGUAAAUGAAUUCUAUGGCACCUUCCCCCCCCCCCACAACCCUAUAUAAUCAACUGAUUUAAGGCUUAUGUUUUUAUGUUUUAUUAAAUGGUUUGUUUGUAAAACAUUGAGACUUUUGAAUACUUUCAAUCUUACUGCAAUUCUUUACACCUUUAACAAAGUAGCGGGUAACGUCAUUCUGCCAAAUGUUUGUCAUUUUUAAAUGUUAUUCUGGCCCCUGGAAAGAACAGGAAGAAUGGCAGAGAUGUAUUGUUUGUAUUGCUCAUGCCAGAGACACUUUCAUUAAAUAACCUGCAUACUUAGGUCUCUACCAGCCUUUAGAAGAUUUACGUAAGACUUACUGAAGGAAGCUGGGAAAACUAGAUUUUAAAGGGACUCAUUAUAAACCUCUAGUAUUCCUAGGGCAGGGGUAGGCAACCCAAAACACUCAAAGAGCCACUUGGACCCGUUUCCCACCAAAAACAAAACACUGAGAGCCGCAAAACCCUUUUGAUA